AUGAGUCAAGACAAGCGCGCGGUUGUCAAGAACGUCGACAUGUCCGAUGAAAUGCAGCAGAAGGCCAUUGAUACAGCCAUCCAGGCCCUCGACUCUUUCAACAUUGAAAAAGAUAUUGCCUCCUACAUCAAGAAGGAGUUUGACAAGACAUACAAUCCAACAUGGCACUGCGUUGUCGGCCGUUCCUUUGGAUCCUUCGUUACCCACGAAACAAAGCACUUCAUUUACUUCUAUAUCGGUCAAGUUGCCGUCCAGCUUUGGAAGUGUGGUUAA